AAAAUCCGUUCAAUCAAAACGAUAACGUGUCGAGUUGAGAUUUUCCUCGCGUUAUAUCAAACGUUUUGAAGUCUAUUCAACCGUGACAGCACAGUGAUAUCAGGCGUAAUCUGCGAGUGAGCGCGCAUCCGUGCGCGAGCACAGCUUUCAGCACCAAGGACAGCGGCUCGCGCAGAGCAUCAGGUCACCCGGACCCGCGGCGGACGUGAUAGACCUUCAUUGCACCUUCAAUCACGGCAAGAACAGAAGUGGCUUUAUGAAUACAAAUCACUUGAGCAAUAAUAUAACUUGAUUUUGCAUUCUCCUGGGACGCACACAGAGAGAAAAUCUGUUAGACGACUAUCAACAACAGCAAGCAUCAUUUCUAAAAAAAAAAGGCGUGUUGACAUGUUUUUUUUCCUGGGAAUAAACAGGCUUUGUGACGAGUGAACAAUCAAGAGUGAAUGAACCAAGCACAUUCCUCAACAGAGUACAUUGAGGAGAUUGAAUUCCAGUGCUGUCGGAGAGGACGCGGUGAGAGGAGAUCUGUCUAAUCCACGGACAUCGACACGCAUCCUUCACAGGGCGCUCAGCUGGACUCGUCUGUGAUCCAGGGCAAAAUGCGUCUGGUCCUGUUCGCCUUCCUCAUCUCGUGCUCCUGUGCGAGAGGUGGAUGCGAACCGAAGACUGUAAAUAUCGGGGCUGUCUUGAGCCAGAAGAGAUAUGAGCAAGUGUUCAAAGACGCUGUCACCCAAGCCAACAACAUAUACGGCAAAGACAAGUUCAAGAUGAACGCUAUUUCGGUCACUCAUAAACCAAAUGCGAUCCAGAUGGCACUAUCCGUUUGUGAAGACCUCAUCUCCAACCAGGUUUAUGCGAUCUUGGUGAGCCACCCACCCCAGUCCAAUGACCAUCUGACCCCCACACCGGUGUCCUACACAGCAGGUUUUUACCGUAUUCCUGUGGUGGGUCUAACCACCCGCAUGUCCAUCUAUUCAGAUAAGAGUAUCCACCUCUCUUUCCUGCGCACGGUGCCGCCAUAUUCUCACCAAGCCCAGGUAUGGUUCGACAUGAUGCGCGAAUUCCAGUGGAAUCACAUCAUUCUGAUCGUGAGCGACGACCACGAAGGGCGAGCCGCACAGAAACGACUGGAAACCCUGCUGGAGGAGAGGGAGACGAAGAGUAAAAACAGGAACUAUGAAAACCUCGACCAACUGUCCUUUGACAACAAGCGAGGACCCAAGGCAGAGAAAGUGCUCCUGUUCAGCCAAGACACAAAUCUGACGGCUCUGCUCCAGGAAGCCAAAGAGCUGGAGGCACGCGUUAUCAUCUUGUCGGCGAGUGAAGAUGAGGCCGCAGCCAUUUAUAAAGCGGCACGCCAGCUCAAUAUGACAGGCUCUGGUUACGUGUGGUUGGUUGGAGAAAGGGAGAUGUCUGGUAAAGCACUGAGUGAAGCCCCAGAUGGCUUGCUCGGCCUUCAGCUUAUCAAUGGCAAGAACGAGUCAGCGCACAUCUACGAUGCCGUGGCUGUGGUGGCCCAGUCCAUCCAGGAGCUCUUUGAGAAGGAGAAUAUCACAGAGCCUCCACGAGGCUGUGUUGGCAAUACAAACAUCUGGAAGACUGGCCCACUCUUCAAACGAGUUCUGAUGUCAUCCAAGUAUCCAGAUGGCCUGACAGGCCGCGUGGAGUUUAAUGAUGACGGAGACAGGAGGUUCGCCCACUACAGCAUUCUGAACUACCAGAAAACCAGACUGGUCCAAGUGGGCGUCUACAAUGGCUCGCAAGUUGUAAUGAACACUCAAAGGAAAAUUAUUUGGCCAGGAGGAGAAACCGAAAAGCCAAAAGGCUAUCAGAUGUCAACAAGAUUAAAGAUUGUCACUAUUCAUCAAGAGCCCUUUGUCUACGUGAAGCCGACACUACGCGAUGGAACUUGUAAGGAAGAAUACACAGUCAAUGGAGUCCUUAUCAAAAAAGUGAUCUGCACCGGCCCCAAUGAGACUAUUCCAGGUCGCCCCAUAGUACCUCAGUGCUGCUAUGGGUUCUGCAUUGACCUCUUGAUCAAACUUGCCAUGACGAUGAACUUCACCUAUGAAGUGCAUCUAGUGGCUGAUGGUAAAUUUGGCACUCAGGAGCGGGUAAAUAACAGCAACAAGAAGGAGUGGAAUGGCAUGAUGGGAGAACUCCUGAGUGGUUUGGCAGAUAUGAUUGUGGCUCCACUUACAAUAAACAAUGAACGAGCCCAAUAUAUAGAGUUCUCGAAACCGUUCAAGUACCAGGGGCUCACAAUCCUUGUCAAAAAGGAAAUACCACGCAGUACGCUUGACUCAUUCAUGCAGCCCUUUCAGAGCACUCUGUGGUUACUGGUGGGUCUAUCGGUCCAUGUUGUGGCGGUGAUGCUCUACCUAUUAGACCGCUUCAGCCCAUUUGGAAGGUUUAAAGUAAAUAGUGAAGAGGAGGAAGAAGAUGCCCUCACCUUAUCUUCUGCCAUGUGGUUCUCCUGGGGCGUACUGCUGAACUCCGGUAUUGGAGAAGGUGCCCCACGGAGCUUUUCAGCGAGGAUUUUAGGUAUGGUGUGGGCUGGCUUUGCUAUGAUUAUAGUUGCAUCCUAUACUGCCAAUUUGGCAGCCUUCCUAGUGCUGGAUCGGCCUGAGGAGCGCAUUACCGGCAUCAACGACCCUAGGCUGCGAAACCCAUCAGACAAAUUCAUCUACGCCACAGUGAAGCAGAGCUCUGUGGACAUUUACUUCCGGCGCCAGGUUGAGCUCAGCACCAUGUACCGCCACAUGGAAAAGCACAACUAUGAGAGCGCCGCUGAAGCCAUCCAGGCCGUGCGAGACAACAAACUCCACGCGUUUAUAUGGGAUUCAGCAGUGUUGGAGUUUGAGGCCUCGCAAAAAUGCGACCUGGUCACCACGGGCGAGCUGUUCUUCCGCUCUGGAUUCGGUAUCGGCAUGCGUAAAGACAGUCCAUGGAAACAAAACGUUUCACUGGCCAUUCUAAGUUCCCACGAGAAUGGCUUCAUGGAGGACUUGGAUAAAACAUGGGUUCGUUAUCAGGAAUGUGACUCCAGAAGCAACGCACCGGCCACACUCACAUUUGAGAAUAUGGCAGGCGUGUUUAUGUUGGUGGCUGGUGGCAUCGUUGCCGGGAUCUUCCUUAUCUUCAUUGAGAUCGCCUAUAAGCGACACAAGGACGCACGUAGAAAGCAGAUGCAGCUGGCCUUUGCAGCAGUUAAUGUCUGGAGGAAGAAUUUACAGGAUAGGAAAAGUGGUAGAGCAGAGCCCGACCCCAAAAAGAAAGCCUCUUUUAGGUCCAUCAGUACCAACCUGGCCUCCAACAUCAAGAGACGUAGGUCGUCCAAAGACACGCCAUAUCCCACAGACAUAACCGGCCAGCUCAACCUGUCAGACCCCUCGGUGAGCACAGUGGUGUGAAGUGAACAGAGGAAAGCGAAUUUGACAGGCAGAGAGAGAGAGAGAGAGAAAAAGACUUUGCAGGCUGGAAAGCAGCUGGUUGGCUCUGAAACAGACCGGAUGUUGCAAGCUGCCACUGCGUCCCCACCUGAGCCAACGGCACCUCCAAUUGAGCAAAAUCCUCCGGCCUCGGCAUAUACACACUGGAUAUGAAACUACGUUGGAUGCGCUGUGACAAAUUUAACCCCUUAAUGGAGCAAAUUCGCACUGCCACACAGUUCACAUUAUCCCUGACCAAUAAUCACAAACACGCAUACUGUACACACAAAGUGCUUCACUUUUUCAAAUCUUUUGCACAUAUCUAAAGGCGUUUUUGUGAAAUAUGUAAAUAUAUAUUUGGGGUUCUGUUCCGCCACAUCGGGUCAGCAUUCAGUUGUAUUACGAUAUAUGUUUCUUACAUACGUUACAGGUCUUUCUACCUCCACCUAAGGUAUAUGUAGCUUAUCUUGAUCCCAUUUGUUGGAGCAAAAACAUAUCUUAUAGUCAGUAUGCCUGUAUAUAAAACAUAUCUUGUUUGUAUAUUUAGAUGAGGCAAUGGAGGUAGGUUGGAAUUCAGAAGUAUGUAGGCAAAUUCAAAGUUGGCACAUUAAUCAUCGUUUGCACUUUUCUUAUAUUUCGUAUUCUCUCUCCUCACUGCCGUUCUGAAAGUGGUCAGGGUUGCUUUGAACAAACAUACUGUGGAUUUUUGACUUACAAUCUUCUCUACUUUAUUUAUUCAUUUCUUUAUAUUUUCUACCUUUUGUAAAAACAAAUAAUUCAUUUUUGGCUGAAAAUUCUCAGAAUAUCGGCGUAUAAAAUGGGUUUACUGAGCCAGAGGCUAAAUGUAGCAGAUCUGACCUUGUUUAUCAAAAACGUUUUUGAAAAAGUCUAAAAAAAACUUGAAAGGAACCCUUAAUACUAAGAGUGGCGUAGAUGUAAUGAAGCAGAUAUUAUUACAGGAUCUUUUGAGCUGUGAUACUCUUUUCAAACACCGAAUCCGGCUUAAAAUUCCCUGUAAUAAUUUCUGUAUCAUUGUGUAAGGUUGGUAGUUUCCUCCAGCUACCAAGGGAACCUUUCUUUGCAUUAUAUAUAUUUCAUUAUGUCAUUAUAUGAUAUAAACUGUAUCUUAUUUUGUCUAUGUGUAAAAUAACAUUAGGUGUUAUUUUCAUUGUUCGUUGUCCUAUCAGCUUUUGCUCUAUGGGCUAGUUAAAUGGUUACCAGCAAAAGUGAGUCAUUUGUCGGUUUUUGUGGGCUUUUAAAAGCAUACUGGCCAAUAAUAGGUUAGCAGCAUUAGAUCAUGUUUAAGCAAUCAAUCAAUCUGAGGGCUUUGAUAAGUAUCUUUGUGAAAGGUUUAGAGUGUUAACUCAUGCUUUAACCGUAACAGUUAUGAAGCUUUUUUAUGAAGAAAUCUAUAUGAGGAUAAUAUAUGUUUUAGAUGAAAAUGAAUAAGUAUUUAAUAAACAUAGCAGUUAGAUCUUACAGGGUCUGGUGGUCUCUAUUGGCAAUAUUAAUUUGUUCAGUGGGGUUCAGUAAAAUGUCUGAAGUCCAGUUUUACUGUGAACUGCUUCAUGUAACAGUGAAUCUUAUUAUGAAACGUGUAAUCAGCGUAUCUGCAAAUUCUCUGUAGGUUAUAAAUAUCAAAUGCGACCCAAAUAGAAGAAUAUACGCUGUUGUAAACGCUGCUGUGUGUCAUAAUGUGAAGCUUAUAUUUUAUUAUAAGAUUGGAAUUGAAGAUUUUUAGAAGUUGGUCAAACUCAAUAGUAACAAUAACUAAUUUUAGCAAGCACAAAGUACAAGCAAAAGUUUUGAUUAAACCAAUAUGAGUCAAUGCUAUGACAUGCAUAUUUUGGUGACACUUUAUUCUAUGAGAGCUAUUUAGUUUAAAAAAAAACAUUUUUAAUAUUUUUUAAUAACAAAUACUAAUAUUUGCUUGGGUGUGUCUAAAUUGUAAAAUAGCAGGCGGGGCAACUGUCCAAUUUUAGACAACUUUUAAAAUGGUGUUUAAAUGAUUCAAGUUUUAAAAUAAGAUACUUUGGUAUUUUUAUGUUCGAAACCUUUCCAAAUUUCACAAAGUUAUUGGGAUGUUCGUAUAGCCUAACUGAAAAACUUUUGUCCAACAAUUUAUAUUUAAGUAUAAACAGUAAAAAUGAUAUCACAUCAUCCAGUGAACCCCAGGUAAAAAAUAGCCUCUUUAAUGAAAUGGAUAGGCUGGUACAUUUCUGGGUCAGGUGGUACAACCAAUGUAAAACUAGAAAAAAAUGCUGUUUUAUCAAACAUAUUUUAAUUGUAUUUAAAAAGUAUAUUCAUGAAUUUGAUAUCACAGGCAAAAGCUUGUACCAUCACCCAAGUAGAAAUCUGUUAAAUGUAAAUUUAUUGCAGAGGUCAGGUGGUGCAACCAGAAAGUCAAACGGUGCAACUGGUAUGAAUGCCCCUAAGAAAUAUUAAAACAUUAAGCUAAAUCAUUUUAAUAAGUUAAUAGUUUUGCUAAUAAUUUUAGUUUAAAUAAAUGCAAGCUAAGGUUGUCUAUACAGUAAUUGUUGUUAUACUUUUUUAAAUUAUUGUUCUUAAAUUUAUAGCUCUCAAAUGUAAAGUGGUUUUACACUUACAAACUAUUUACAGGAUUAUAAUUUUAAAUGCCACUAUCAAAUAAACAAUCAAUCAGCAUGACAGGGAAUGCAUUAAAACUGGCAAAUAGACAAUGAUUGGUUGUACCACCUGACAUUUAUUUGAAUGGUGAUAUCAAAAAUAUUGUGAACAAAAUUAUUAAAAUGUACUGAAAUGUUGUUCAAUAAAACUACACUUUUUAAACACAUUGUUCCUGACUGAAAAGGAUUUUUCAAAAAUAAGUUUUAAGGAGCUUUGUCAUUGACCCACAUGCUUUUCAAUCUAAAGGCUUGAGAGAUGGAACACGUCCUCGACAAACAAAGCAAUGGAACCGGCCUGUUCACUGUUGUGAAUACAAACAUACAUUAUUUAUUUAAAACAUUGUAAAACACUGCGUUUAUCAUAUUUUCUACCACCAAAUGUGCUUUUGAUGACUAUUCCAAUAAUGUUUGUGAAAAAGACAAAGAUAUAUGUUUAACAAUGUAUAACUGCUAUACUCCUGUGUGCCAAUAAAAAUAUAUCAAAUGCAAAAAUAAAAUCUGGAUUGGA